AUGUCGCUAGCCAAGAGAAACGAUGGCAAAGGCUGCUACGAGUGUCGGAUGCGGCGCGUUCGCUGCGACAAGACGGAGCCCGAGUGCUUCAAGUGUCAAAAGAAAGGCAUCAAGUGUUCGGGCCAAGGCAUUGAGUGUCGAUUCAGCAAGCACAUGAACCGGAAGCAGACGCCGAGCGUUGCCUCUCCCCAACUGCCCGCCGCAUCGUCGAAAGCGUCAAAGCGCUAUCUUUUUGUCAAUGUGGAAAAUACACACGACGGCGCUUUGCCGACUUCAUCAGGACAACCGGGCGCUUCGACCACCGGGCCAUCGAGUUCGACCAUGAGCAUAGUGGUGCCAUACCGAAGCAAAGGGCGAGAGCUCGUCAGAGCCAGGCAAGCUGAACAAUGUCAGCGUGUUGCAUCGCUCCCGUCGCCUCGAGGGGCAAUAGAAGUAGUGCCUGCCAGGUCAAGGAUGCUCUUUGAUCACUUCUCAACCUUCAUCGCUUCGAAAAUGGUGGUCCUCGAUUUCAAUGAAAAUGGCUACCGCCAGAUAGUUCUACCCAUAGCAUGCCAAGAUGAUUUGGUCGCGCAGGCAGUAUCGGUCAUUGCAGCUUUUCAUCUGUCCUCGAGAAUGCCAUCCAUGCACAUGGCUGCUGAGAGGGGCCAAGAAUUGAUCCUCUCACGGCUACGGCAGCAAUCUCUCAAUCUCGGACCCGGACAACUAUUCAACAUGUCAACAUUGGCCACGCUACUGGUUCUUCUGGUUGGAGACACAAUAACGGGCGCAAAUAAUUACGUCUACCUCCUCGAGUUACUUUCACGUCUCGCGAAGCUGGCGAUGAAUGACCCGCGUCUUUCCGACACCACCAAGGCAUUUAUUAUGGAGCAGACAAAAAUGUUCCAACUGUUUGGCUUUCCGCUGUCAAGUCAAAUGAAGGGCAUUCAAACAUUUACCAAAUCGCCCGACUACUACCUGGACUUUAUGACAUCAUCGCCGUCGCUUGGUUCUGACCCGGAACAGUACGCAAAUAUUCAAGUCAUGAAGGAUAUUAUCCGCCAAGCCUGCUACAUCUAUCGCAACCGUGCAUCACACGAAGCAACCCGCGAAUCAUCCAUUGAGGCAGUCGAAAGGCUUCGCCAGACUGUCACUCACUUGGACCCCAACGUGGAAGGCCGCCACGCCCUUGUAUGGGCAUUUUUUGUGGCGUCUGCUGAGAGUAUUCUACCAGAACACCGUGACUUCUUUUACAAUCGCCUAAAGGGCCUGUUUGAGUGUACGAGGUUCGGUAGCAUUCCGCUGGCCCUGCAAACGCUGGACUACAUCUGGUCGAAGCAAGACUCGACAAAUUGGAUAGAGAUUGUGACGCAUGAACGGCAAAUAUUGAUCAUGUAA